AUGCGUUUUCUCCCGGGACUCAAGGACAAUCCUCCAUACCUUGCUGCUUCGAGGCUAGAACGAGUACUUCCCAUGACGGCAGCUCACAAGCAACGGGUUCACCUCCAACACGUCCCUUCUAGACGACACAGAGCAGUACCUGCGACAAUGUCACGAAUCCGAUAUCAAAAGGUGAACACUUCUGCUACGACACCAGCCACUGUUGCUCUGCUGGACAUGGACAUCAUUCCAUUUGUGCGAGUAGAUGCAACAAUUGAGCAUGUUGAUCUCUCCCUUAAGAAUGGUCGGACCGAAUCUUUGAUGCCUGGGUUUCUGCCUAUGCAGGCCCACUCAGGGGACUGCAUAACAUUCCUGUAUAGACUCCAUCAAAAACAAGGUCCAAACCGCGCCCCUGGAUUUGGACUCGCUAACCCAAACAUUGACGUCCUGUCAAUUGUGAUUAGACUGGCGAUCCAGUUGAAUGAGAAAUGUCAUCCAAUUCUCCUCAUGAAUUGGACUACCAACGUCGAUUUCACUCCAGCCCUGAACCCCUCGUUCGGCCCUCCCUCACAACCGAUACAACGGCCGAAUCGACCCACAAGCCUCCCAGUCCACCCUGACAAUGGUGCAGCAGCGUCCCUGGCAGCUAUCAGCACCAGCCUACAACCAGCCUUUGAUGCUGAUUCGAGGAGUGGGUUGUCAAUAUCUUUCACAGCUCUCGACAUGCCUGUACGAGUUGGCGAACCAUUCACGUGGAAGGUCCUGGUUAUGAACAACUCUAAGAAGAUUGCCAAGAUCGCCAUCAUUCCUUUACCUCGGAUUCAGCGACAAACUACCCAGACCCAAAUGUUUGCCAAACGACACGCUCCGAAGUCAUCCACCGCCUCCUUCCACCCAAGCGAGCGGCGACACACGAAGGAGGGCGAGGACGUGGACAUAGCACAGGCGAUUGUCGAUGAGAACGUCGUCUAUGCCAUGCACCACUCCUACCCUGUUCCUCCGGAAACUGAUCUGCUGGCCCUGACGGCGGAGUUGCGGAUUGGUCCCCUGGCCCCUGACCAGUGCCAUGAGAGCGAGAUUGAGAUGGUCGCUUUUGAGGUCGGGACACUACUAGUCGACGCGAUGAGAAUAGUAGAUCUAGUCAGAGAAGUGGAGGAAGGUGCUGCAGCAACGGGAGUGCUAACCGACAUCAGAGACUUGCCGGACAUCAAGGUGGUGAAAGCGGCGGGCGGACGAGAUUGA